UGAACUUUUAAAUUGGAUGUUUAAGUGAUUUGUUCACGUGAAUUGAUUAAAAUUUUUAAUUAGAACCGAAGAACUUCAUUCAAAAUGUCGGGACCACCACAUCAGUUUCCUACUGGGUUCCCAAAUCCACAGCAACCGGGUAUGCGUUCACAAUUUGGACCCGGUCAAAUGUCUGGACCAAUGGGUCCCGGUAUGCAAAGUCCAUUAGGUGGUCAUAUGCAAAUGGGUGGUAAUCAAAUGGGUACUGGUAGUAUAAAUAAUGGAAUGGGUGGACAAAUGCCACCCGGUAUGGCUGGGACAGGAAUGUGUCCACCAAUGCAUUGCCCUAUGGAUUCACCACAACCGUAUCGUAUGGGUGGACCUGGAAUGCCUAGUCAACAUGCACAGUUGCAACAAAUGCAACUACAACAAUUACAAGUACAACAAGCGCAACAGCAACAAGCCGUCGUUCAACAACAGCAGAAAGUUCAGCAACAAGUACAACAACAAGUUGCACAACCCACACAACAGGUUGUACAACAAGUAGUACAACAACAGCCACCAACGAACACAACACCAAAUACUAGUGCAACGCCUACACCGCCCGCACCUCAGACUGCAUCACAAAAUAAAGAAUUUAAUACGGUAUCGUUGUGUCGAUUCGGUCAAGAAACUGUACAGGAUAUUGUUAGUCGAACACAGGAAGUGUUUGGAGCAUUAAAAAUUAUUCAGCCACCAAAUGGAACGUUACCCGGUUCAACAAAUAGUAGUGAGAAAAAGGCCAAAGUACAAGAACAACUUCGUACAAUCCGUUUAUUAUUCAAACGUUUACGAUUAAUUUAUGAAAAAUGUAAUGAAAGUUGUCAACUCCAAGGUAUGGAAUACACGCAUAUAGAAAGUUUAAUACCAUACAAAGAUGAAUUAGAUAUUAAAUCCGAUGAGAAGAAAACAUCUGAAGCGUAUCGAGCGGUUGUUGAAGAACAUAAAGAAUUAAAUGAACAAGUUGUGCUGAAGAAUAGGCAAUUGAAAGAGGUGAUUGAUCAUUUACGACGUAUUAUUUGGGAAAUUAAUACAAUGUUAAACAUGCGACGAUCAUGAAAAUAGCUUGAACACUCUCACGAGACAUGUGAGAAUUUAUAGUAGUUCAAAUUUUAUUUCGAUUGAAAUGAUUUUAUAACCAAAACAGGUUAUAACGAUAUUAAACGAACUGUAGAAUUGAGAUUUUGACCCUUUUUGUUUUUAACAAAAAUGGAAAGAUCAUAUACAGAAUAGUCGUUAUAUCUAGAUAAGUUGGCUACAUAUGGAAAACUUUUUUAUUAUAAGGUUUACGAAACAAAUUUAUACGAAAACGCUUUGCUUUCAAAAAUAUUAACAUUCAGCUAUUCACUUUUGACAUUGAAAAUACAGGCUGUCCACAAAUUGAGUAAGUUCGAUAGCAAUUUUAAACGUCGCCUAUAAAUGUAGACCAUUUUGAAGAGAUAAUAAGGAAAACGGUUCAAGAAAUCACUCUCGAGAUAU